AAAACACCAUGAAUAGAAUGGGCUGGAAAUUAUAUAGAACUGAUGAUCGUUAUUUGAGCAUUAUAGCAGGGCUUAUCUGGCCAGGCGUUUGGCGGUCAUCGUUUGGAAUCAGUUUCAGGUCGAACGUGAAUCGUGGAGCACGCCAAAUGUACGUCCGGAAUUGUCUGCCGUUCCUCUGGAGCUGUUUGCUGAUCUCAUUGACGGCAACAACUGGUGCUGAGGAGGACGCGGAUACAGAUGUGGAGAAUCUAUCUAGAAUCGUGCUGGUUUCCAGCUUGGAAGGUCAUUGUCAAACGGAGGGCAAGGUAACCAGCUGCAGGGGUUUUGAGUUUGCGGGAGAGGACGAGAAGGCCACCUUUGAUCUGCCAACGGAGGUGCGGAUUGCUGAGGAUGGCACCACCUACGAAGUCGGCGAUGAGGAGCAGUCGCGAACCCUGAUCUUCGAGAACUGCACCUUCACAAACUUUCCCCUGCGAUUAUUUUACACUCUGGAGGUCAGUGAGCUGGACAUGCGAGGCUGUGGCAUCCGCUUCAUUUACUGGGAGAACUUUUCCAUUGGCGCGGAUAAGCUAGUGAUCCUUCUGCUGAGCGAUAAUCUAAUCAAGGUGCUGCCCACGAAAACCUUCAGGGGAGCCGGAAACUUGGAGUUUCUCUUCCUGAAUCGCAACAAACUGGGCAAACUGCAAGCGGGUGCGUUUGAUAAUCUCGCGAACUUGCAGUACCUGGAUCUCACUGAGAAUCGCCUAGAGGAUUUACCCGAGGGUGUAUUUGCCGACCUGAAGAGUCUGCGGCACGUGGGCCUGGCCGAUAACCAACUGACCACCAUUGAAAGCGAUUUAUUUGUCCACAAUCCGGGCCUCUUGUCGGUCGCCAUGCAGAACAACAGACUGCGGGAGGUGGGCGAGUACGCCUUUCGAUCCCGGGGACCACAUCACCAGAUGCAGUACGUGGAUCUAUCGCAUAACCCCGAGCUGGUUGUGCUUCUACUGAACAUUAAUGCCACCAAUCUGACCGUUCGCAAUUGCUCGCUGGACCGUGUCAAUUUGUACGGAUCGGUGACGAAUGUCGAUCUGAGCGACAAUCGCGUGCGGGAGCUGUACUUUCCCGCCUCGGAGGCCCUGGAGCACUUGGUGCUGCGCAACAACUCGCUGAUUCAGCUGGCGUCGUUGAGCCGGGUGCCCAGACUCCGGCACCUGGAUGUGGCGGACAAUCCGAGGCUGGGUCAGUUGCCCGAGGGCUGGCGGACGCCACACCUGGAGAUGCUGGUGCUGCGGAAUACGGGCCAGGUGGAGCUGCCGCUGGAAGCUCUGCAGGGUAUGCAAAAUCUGCAAAAGCUGGACAUUUCUGGUAAUAAUCUGACGGAAAUCGAUCCCUCCGCGUUUCCUAAACUCACGCAACUAACUCACUUCUACAUUCAUGGCAAUAAUUGGAACUGCUUCAGCCUGAGAAACAUUAUGGAUGUGCUCAUCCGUGCCAAUGGCAUUGCCUACACAGUGGACAACUACGAUCCGGAUUUCCCGGGGGAAUACUUUCACGGAAUAGCCUGCAUGUAUCGCUUGCCCGAAAAGGAGGGUGUGGAUUUUUCCUCCUCGGAAAUCUCUGCCAGUGUGGAGUCCUCCCCAACAACAAGUAAUUCUGACUCAAGUGAGGUGGACAAACUGCGUGAGGAACUCAAAGCGGUGGUGCAGCACUUUGAGUCCAAGUUUGAUUUGAUGUCCAGUAAACUCUCCCAAUUGAAUGAUCAGAUUCAGGCCCUUGAAGUGCUCAACAAAACUGUUUGGAGUCAGGUGACCUUGUCCGUCUAAAGCUCCCCACAUUUUUGGUUCCAAACGAUGUAAUACAUUGCCUAUUUUAUGUGAUCACAUUUUAAAAGCUUUACAAUUAUAUACACAUAUAAAUGAGGAAUUUUCUAAACCUUCUCAGCAUUAAACAUACAAUUUUCCAGUCUAAUAAA